AUGCUGCGUGCUGCCGGGAGAGCUAGCGGGGGUACCCGCGCGCUCAGUGUUCCAGCUUAUAGCCCGGAUCUGAAGACGAUGGCUGCGAAGCCCAAGAAUCUCAAGUAUUUCAAGAUCUACCGCUGGAACCCGGAGACCAAGGAGAAGCCGCACGAGCUGACGUAUCCUGUUGAUUUGAACGAGUGCGGUCCGAUGGUGCUGGAUGCGCUGUUAAAGAUCAAGGACGAGCAGGACCCGACGCUGGCGUUUCGUCGCUCGUGCCGCGAGGCCAUCUGCGGCUCGUGCUCGAUGAAUAUUGAUGGAGGGAACACGCUCGCGUGUGUGAGCCCCAUCAAGAAGAGCGGCAAGGACGUGGUGCGGGUCUACCCGCUGCCGCACAUGUUCGUGGUGCGCGAUCUCGUGACGGACCUGAGCAACUUUUACGACCAGUACGCGUCGAUCAAGCCGUGGCUGCACUCGGUCAUGCCGAAGGGCGUUGAAGUGGAGCAUCUGCAGUCCAUCGAGGACCGCAAGAGACUGGACGGGCUUUACGAAUGCAUCCUGUGCGCAUGUUGCAGUGCGGCCUGCCCGAGCUACUGGUGGAGCCCGGACAAGUACCUGGGCCCAGCGGCGCUGCUGCAGGCCUUCCGCUGGAUUGAGGACUCGCGCGACGACCACACGGAGCAGCGACUGCGCUCGCUGGACGACGCGUUCAAGCUCUACCGCUGCCGCACCAUCAUGAACUGCACGCACACAUGCCCGAAGGGUCUGAACCCGGCGCAGGCCAUCCGCAAGAUCAUGGGCAAGCUCAACGAGCAGCACAGCCACAGCGAGUAACGCAACUAUCAGCUUAGCGAGGCAGAAACAGAAGACCUGCAAUAACGUAUGCAAUUUGAAGUUUAUCUUCACCAAGG